UUGGCGCGCUGUUUUGACAGGUGUCGAAAAUUUUUGUUUUGUUAAACACUAAACAAACGCGAUUUUGGUGUUAAUUUCCCUUAAUUUUGUUUAAAAAUUUCGGUAAUUUUUCCCUCGCCUCUGGCCCUUUCCACAGCCAUUUCGCGCAUCACAAGUUGCUGGAAGUGACUCGUGCAUGAAUAAAUUAGUUUUGUUAUGGCUACCAGCAGUUCAGACGAAAGUAGCACUGCUCCCAAAGAUUUCCACAUUUCCUCGUCGAUAGACAGUGGCAGUCGUCUGAGUUUAUCGAGACAGAAGUGCUUGUUGUGCUGCAACUCCCGCAAGGUGUUUUACUGCAAAGAUUGCAUCCACAGUGGCCUCUUCUACCACUCGAAACACCAGGUCGCAGAGAGCUACUUAGAUAAGCGCAAGCAGUUGCUGGAACUCGAGGACAACAAGAAGAACUUGGAGAAGAAGUGUCUCAAGCACUUCGAGUCGAGACAGAAAGCUGAUGUGUUGCAUUCCAAGAUCAGGCAGUGCAGGGACAGGAACCGGAUUAUUAAACUUGCCGUGGAGGAGAAAAAGCAGAAACGUCUCAAAUACAUCUCCGACCUAAACAGGCUGAAAGAGGAGGUGAAGAGGACUUCGGAAAAGCUGAUCAAAUACGACCAGAAAGUGUCGCAGAUCGAGCAGUAUGCUGCUGACAAGAGGGACAAAGUGGAGAAGCAACGAGAACUGCUCGAGCGGAAACGACACGAAAUUAUGAAGCUUGUGAGGCUCAGGAUCGACCAACUCAAAUACGUGUUUCCUAUCAAGAAAGUGGAGCCGAAAUUGGAAGUUGAAUCGGCCGAGUCGGAUAUGGUUAGUGCAAUCGCUGAGGCCUCACAGACUAUGUACGUGAGGGAUAGGUGGGAAUAUGCCGAUUUUUUAACAGAUUCGAGUGAACUGCAAUAUUCGAUUGUGGAACCGACCUUGCCUGGGUCGGGGAACUACUCACUCUACAAUAUUUGGGUUUCGAAGAACAAAGACGUCGUUCCUGUAAACACAAACCCGGACCUUGUCGAACACAACCCCGCUUACAAUAUCAGUGCGGCCCUUACUUACACCGCUCAACUUAUCAACGUGUUGGCAUUUUAUUUUAACGUCCGACUGCCAUAUCGAAUGGUUUACAGCGACUUCUGCGGGAGUUACAUGGACGAAGCCCAGUUCACACGUCGAGUGGCACGACUUAACGCCAACGUUUUGUACUUGUGCUUCUCGCAAAAUAUCGAUCUGUCGUAUCUGAAAUCGUGCGAAACUGUACAUAAUCUCCUGAGGCUGAUCGACACCAGCAACCCGCAUCUGGGAAGACAAGGCCCGUUUGAGGUCGACGGCCACAAAGCCGAAUCGCUCGAGAAACCCCUAACCAGGGACUUGGAGUUCAGUGGAGACAACACGGAUUCGGAUGAGGGUGACAGCUUCCAUCGGGAGUGGGAAACUGUGCCCCAUAUUCCCUGUCCCGACGUCUCGACUGUUACGCCCCCGGUGCAGUCAGCGCAGAUGAUCACCACCCAGCAGGCCACAAGCAUGGCAGGGGGACUUGUCACCAGCGCUGCGCAAAGCCUCGCUUCGAUGUGGCGGGGAUUCACCGGAAGAUAGUUAUUUUUUGUUUUCUUGUGUAGCAAAUUUUUGUUUCAAUUCCAUCUCUCUCGGCAAUAGGCUAAAUUAGGUUAAGUUAUUGAUGAUUUUCGACGAGUCUUCUGAAUUUCGUUUAACCAAUGACUGACAUUUUAAAGAGACUCAGUGGGGUUUCAGCCAGGAUGCGUAUUCAGUUAACGUAACAUUGAGCCUUUUUAAAUGUACUUAGAUAAUUAACUUCCGCGCUUAUGAAAUUAAUCCUAGUUGUUAAUUUUGGUGCACAAACGUUCCUCAUUUCCAAAUUCCAGUUUGAAUCAAUUUUCUUUUCAAUGGAGUUGAGAAUAUCACCGAUGAGACCACGUUUCUGUCCAUUUGAUUACAUAAUCAGAUUGUUUCGUUUAAGUUUUUUACGUGCUCUAGCUAGACUAUUCGAGAUAGAAGUGUUUUGUAAUUAGGAUCAUAAUCUAUUGUGAUAUAUUUAAAGAAUGUACAUUUUGCUAUCAUAAGUGUAUGUUAAAUUAUAUAUUUUAAUUAAAGACGAAGCUAUUGACAA